AUGUCCCGCCCCUCUGUAGCCGCUGGGUUACCACGGAGACCGCAGGCGGUCCAGGCCCGUGGGCGGGGUGAUGGAUGCGAGCCUGUGGUCCAGCAGGGUCUGAAUGCCCAGUCCGAGGAGGAGGAGGAAGAGGAGGAGGAGGAGGAGGAUGCCCGUUGCCCUAUCCCUGUGGUCUGCAUAGAUACCAAAUGGCACAUCUCUGCUUCCCCCAACAUUCCUGUUCCCAGCCCUGGCGUGGCGGCACGGCUGAAUCUUCUGCUUCUGUUGCUGCUACUGUGGGCUGAGCCCCCGCCUGCCAUGGGCACGAAGGACUCUGGGGAGAGCGUGCGGGUCCUGCCCCGGGCCUGCCCCCCACAGUGCUCCUGUCCCAGAGUUGACACUGUAGACUGUGGGGGCCUAGGGCUGUGGGUGUUUCCUGAGAAUAUCAGCAAGACGGUACAGCACCUCUCUCUGCAGAACAACCAGCUCCAGGAGCUCCCCUACAACGGACUGGCCCGCCUCAGCAGCCUGCGAACCCUCAGUGUGCACAACAAUCUCCUCUCCUCCGAGGGCCUGCCCGAUGAGGCGUUCGAGUCCCUCGACCAACUGCAGCAUCUCUACUUGGCACACAACAGACUGUCAGUGGCACCCCAGUUCCUGCCCGCCUCCCUCCGUGUGGCAGAUCUGGCAGCUAACCAAGUGACUGAGAUCUUCCCACUGACCUUUGGGGAGAAGCCUGAGCUCAGGUCCGUGUAUCUGCACAACAACCAACUGAGCAACGCCGGGCUGCCCCCAAACGCCUUCCGGGGCUCCCCGGCCCUCACCACCCUCAGCCUCUCCAGUAACCGGCUCCACUACGUGCCACCCAGCCUGCCCCCCUCGCUGGAGCGGCUUCACCUGCAGGAUAACCUUAUCACCAAAGUGCCCCGGGGUGCCCUGAGCCUGCAGACGGAGCUCCGGGAGCUGCAUUUACAACGGAACCAGCUUACAGACCGCGGCCUGGAUGGGGCCACCUUCAGCAAGCUGCACCGCUUGGAGUACUUGGAUCUGUCCCACAACCAGCUAACGGCGGUGCCCCUGGGCCUGCCCCGGACUCUGCUCCUGCUGCACUUGGGCCGCAACCAGAUCAGCCGCGUGGAAGCCGAGCGGCUCCGCCAGGCCCGGGGCCUGCGCUACCUCCUGCUGCAGCACAACCCGCUGGGGUCGGCGGGGCUGCCGGCGGGCGCGCUGCGGCCGCUGCGGCACCUGCACACGCUUCACCUCUUCGGCAACGGGCUGGAGCGCGUGCCCCCCGCGCUACCCCGCCGCCUGCGCGCCCUGAUGCUCCCCCACAACCGCGUGGCCGCGCUGGGGGCCCGCGAUCUGGCCGCCGUGCGGGGCCUGGAGGAGCUCAGCCUGGCCUACAACCGGCUGGCCAACGCCCGCGUGCACCCGAAGGCCUUCCGCCGCCUGCGGGCCCUGCGCAGCCUCGACCUGGCUGGCAACGAGCUGACUCGCCUGCCCGCGGGGCUGCCCGCAGGACUCCGCCGGCUGCGGCUGCAGCGCAACCGGCUGCGGGAGCUGGAGCCCGAACCUCUGGCCGGCCUGGUUGAGCUGCAGGAGCUCAGCCUGGCGCACAACGGGCUGCAGCUGCGCGACAUCGGGCCUGGCACCUGGAACGAGCUACAGGCCCUCCAGGUCCUGGACCUCAGCCACAACGCGCUCUCCUUUGUGCCCCCCGACCUGCCCGAGGCCCUGGAGGAGCUGCAUUUGCAAGGGAACCGCAUCCGCAGCGUGGACGCCGCCGCCUUCCUGGGCACGCCCCGCCUGCGUGCGCUCUUUCUCAGGGACAACCAACUUCACACCACGAGCAUCGCCCCUGAAGCCUUCCUGGGACUCCCGCACCUGCGCCUGGUGGACACUGCAGGGAACCCCGAGCAGGUCGUGGUGUGGUUGGCGGCCACGGCCACGCAGCAGCCCAGGACACGGGUCCUCCUCUAA